AUGGCGACCGAGCCAAACCCUGAAACCGGCUCCACAUGGUCAGAGCAGCUUUCAGAGGGAAAACGGGAUGAACAGCAGCCCAGGUCACCUAGCAGUCCACCAGCAGAAGGGGGUGACUUAGUCUCAGCCACAAAACGGAAUAUGAGGCAACUAAUACAACAGAUGAAACAAAUGUUUAAUGCUUACAUUAAUUUGACACGGACCGAAACACAUGCAGUGACAGCAUGA